CCAUGUUCUUUGUUUUUGUUUAUCAUAGUUCAGUUAGUUUUUAGUAAGUCUGUUUCUGUCUUCUGCAUUAAGUGCAAUGAAAAAAGAAGUCAGGUUCCUUGCACAUGAACACACACAUGACAAAUAAAACAGAUUCUGAAAUUCUCUUCUUGAGUGCUCGUCAUGCCUGAACAGCAAUUAUGAUAAAUGAGACUUGUUCCAGAGCGGGGAAAAUGAAAGACAGAAAAAUGCAAAGCAGUUUUUUUUGCGUUGCACUUCAAAUACUGCUAAGAACCAAUGCUAGAUCAGCCCAAACCAGUAGGAUGACAUUGCAGUCACGGUGAUGUUAGCAAAGAUUUGAAACGGACGUGUUGAGCAGUCUGUUCAUUAGACAAAAAAUUAGAGACGGGACUGCACUCAGCUCUGAGCCAUGACAGCAAAGCUUGAGGUCUUCGCCAUGAUCCUUGGCUGCUUCAGCCUGUUUGGGACUGUUCUGGCCACUGCCCUGCCCAUGUGGAAGGUCUCUGCUUUCAUUGGGUCCAAUCUCAUUGUUAUGGAGGAAUACUGGGAGGGUCUGUGGAUGAACUGCUACAACCAUGAAGAAUUCAGGAUGCAGUGCAAGGAGUACGACUCGGUGCUAAUUCUCCCAACGGAGCUGCAGGCUGCCAGGGCGCUCAUGUGCAUCUCCGUAGCCCUGAUAGUGGUGGCCCUGUUAAUCACAGGUUGUGGGACUCGAAGGUGCAACUGUUGUGACGACGAUAUAAAAAGCAAGAACAUCACCCUGGCCAUAGGUGGUUGUCUGUACCUGCUUGCCCGUUUGACCGUGCUCAUCCCUGUCAGCUGGGUGGGUCACACUGUCAUCCAAAAAUUCUACAACCCAACAAUGAUGGACUCUCAGAAACGGGAGCUUGGGAAAGCCCUCUUCCUUGGCUGGGGUACAUCUGGUGUUCUGCUGAUCACAGGGAUCAUUGUUCUGUUUUGCUACAACAGACGCAGAUCAGAGGAAAAAGAACACGAUUACAUUCAGCCAGAGAGGCAUGAAAAUGAGGCGAGUGUGUAUCUGAAGAGGACACCCUCCAGCUUUUACAAACAACAAGUGUAUGUGUAAAUAGUUGUUCUGUACUGUACAGCCUGAAAUGUGAAAAUUCAACUUAAUGUCUUCAUCAUUUGAAAAAGUCAAAGUGCACAAAAUCUGAAUGCAUUUAUUUCCCCACUGUCUUUGUAAAACUGUGCAUCACUGUGACUGUUAAAGAGUGAAUGUACUUUGUGUUGUUCCUGCACUGUAAAUGAUUCCCAUGCGAUGUUUGUAUUCAGGCGUAAAGCUUUUACAGCUUUAUACAAGUAUUUGAUGUUCAUGUAAAACUACUUCUACCACAACAUGCUUCUGUAAUUGCAUCACUGUCUCUGCUGUCAACUGUCACAGUUAACUGCUCUAUUGUUCAUUCAACUGCUCAGUUCACUCCUGUGAAAUGCCAAGUUAAGU